AUGGUAGCCCUAUUCCCUCGAAACGACGCCUUGAACGUCCACCCGCCCGCGGGUAACCAAUAUCUGACGACCAACGGCUCCAACUGGCUGUUCACUGUCACGACCAUCUUUGGAGUAUCUCUUCUCGUCCUCUAUGGCCUCAAGUUCAAGGCCCGAGCCGGCGAGCGCUUCUUCCACUACCUCUUCAUCCUGGCCAACUUUGUCGGCAUGAUCGCCUACUUCGCCAUGGCCUCGGACCUCGCAUGGGACCCCGUCCGCCAGUCCAACGAACUCGACCGCAGCGGCCCUAUCCGACAGAUCUUCUGGGCCAAGUACGUCUUCUGGGUCGUCGAGUUCCCGGUCCUCAUCAUCGCCCUCGGAGUGCUCAGCGGCGUCGCCUGGGCCACCAUCCUCUACAACGUCGCCCUCUCCUGGAUCUGGAUCAUCAGCUACCUGGUCGCCGCCUACACCACCAGUAACUACAAGUGGGGUUUCUUCGCCUUCGGCUUCCUGGCGCACAUCUUCCUUCUCAUCUCCACCAUGCACCACGGCAGGGGCAGCGCGGGCCGCGUCGGCGCCGGCCGCGACUACACCAUGCUGGCGGGCUGGGUCAACCUCGUUUGGCUUCUGUUCCCCAUUGCCUGGGGCCUGUCGGACGGCGGCAACUACAUCGGCGUCACGCCCAGCCUCAUCUGGUUCGGUGUGAUGGACCUGGCCCUGCUGACCGUCACCUCCUUCGCCGUCGUCUUCCUCUCCCGCCGCUGGGACUAUGGUGCCCUCAACAUCGCUUUCACCCAGUACGGCCGCGUCCACGCUCCCGGCGGCCACUACCCCGAGAAGCACGCGCCCGCUGCCACGGCUCCGGCCGCCGGCACUGUCUAA